CUUAAAAGAAAAAAUAAUUUGAUUUUCAACCAUUAAAACACACCUUCAAAACUUACUUCAAACCUUUUCCAAAAUCGUUUCCGAAAGGUAAAUUUCAAAAAAAAAAAAGAAAAAAGAGCCAAGUCGAAGGUGGAAAAUAGCUCUCUCCAACAACAACUUUGAUUAUUAUCGCGAAAAAAAUUCACAGAUCCAGAGAAGAAAGAACACAAAGCUUUAUAAUUGAUGGAAAGUUUGUUGAGUGCACGAAUCAAACCAUUACCUACUCAUUGUAGACAAAUUCAUUCCUCAUUUCGUCCUAAGUUGUUCUUGCAAUUUGCUAGAAGAUUGGAUAAAGGGGGAAUGGAGACGGGGAGAUGUGGUAUGUCAUUCAAUCCAAUUGCCGCUUCAGUUCAGCCAAUUGAAGGCCCUACACUUUCCAAAUUCAACAACACAUCACCAUCUAAAGAGGUGUUGGAACUGUGGAGAAGUGCAAAUGCAGUAUGCUUUGAUGUAGAUAGCACAGUUUGUGUAGAUGAAGGCAUUGAUGAAUUAGCAGAUUUUUGCGGAGCUGGAGAGGCGGUUGCAGAAUGGACUGCUAGGGCAAUGGGUGGUUCUGUUCCGUUUGAGGAUGCUUUGGCUGCUAGACUUUCUUUGUUUAACCCUUCUCUUUCCCAAGUUGAGGAAUUUCUUGCUAAGAGACCUCCAAGGCUUUCUCCAGGUAUUGAUGAGUUAGUUAAAAAGCUAAAAGCUAACAGCAUUGAUGUAUAUCUGAUUUCGGGAGGCUUUCGUCAAAUGAUCAAUCCUGUUGCAUCAAUUCUUGGCAUUCCACAUGAGAAUAUUUUUGCCAACCAAUUGCUUUUUGGAAGCAAUGGUGAAUUUAUGGGGUUCGACAAAAAUGAGCCUACUUCAAGGAGUGGGGGAAAAGCAGUUGCGGUACAACAGCUGAGGAAGGCUCGUGGAUACAAGACAUUGGUCAUGACCGGGGACGGUGCAACUGAUCUUGAGGCUCGUAAACCCGGAGGUGCUGACUUGUUUAUAUGUUAUGCUGGUGUUCAACUUCGAGAAAAGGUCGCUUCAAAAGCUGACUGGCUGGUUUUCAAUUUUGUAGAUAUGAUCAGCUCCCUUGACUAACACAUUUUUUUCUUCAGAACUGCACACGUUUUGAUCCUUACAUCCUUUUUUUUUUUUUUUUUUGUUAUUCUUAUCUUGUAUUGCUUGCCUGUUCCUUUAUGGCUGCAGACAUUUGCAUUCAACACAUCUAUUCUAGUCUUUUGGGGGGAAAACCCCCCAUUAUCAAGUUUGUGAAACUCAUACUGAUAAAGUAUAAACAAGGAUUGGAAUUCUGAAGCAUUUUUUCUUCUCAAUACACAAAAUUUACCUUUUCACAGUUGUAAA